GAAGAAAGGAGGAAUUUGUGAAGAUAUCGCGAUUGAAUUUAACUCAAUUUAAACCCCUCUAAACCCGUUAAAAACUCAAAUCCGCAAUGACCGAGGACUGGCAGAGUCAGAAGUUCCGCCAGAACGUCAUCUCGAAGAUCCACGACUUGUUGCCGCCGAAUGCGCAGGAUCAGACGAAGAAUGCCGGCGUCAUGGAGAACCACAUAUUCAGGAAGUCCCGCACGAAGGACGAGUACCUGGGCCUAGUGGCCAAGCUGUUCAUGCACUACAAGGACAUGUCCCGCAAGUCCCAGCAGCAGCAGCAACAACAACAACAGCAGCAGCAGCAGGGCGGCCCGCCCCCGAAUGCGGAAAUGGGCGGCGGGCAGAACAUGAUGCAGGAUCCGCUGAAUGCCCUGCAGAAUCUCGCCAGCCAGGGCAACCGCAACCCGCAGAUGAUGCCCAUGGGCGCCGGCGGAGGAGCCCCAGUUCCCGGCGGCCCGGGAACGGCCUCCAAUCUGCUGCAAUCCCUCAAUCAACAGCGUCCCGGGCAGCAGCAAAUGCAGCCCAUGCCCAAUAUCCGCGGCCAGAUGCCCAUGGCUGCUGGCGGUGGACCUCAGCAGAUGCAGAUGCAGGUCCAGCAGAUGCAGCAGCAGGGCGGAAAUGCCCCGGGCGUAAUGAACGUGAUGGGCGCAGGCGGCGGAGUAGGAGGCGUUCAGAAUCAAGGCCAAAUAGUGGGCAAUCCGGGACAGCAGAUGGGCGUGGGCAUGCCCAACCAAAUGGUGGGCCCGGGACCGAACAGUGGACCCGCUGUCGGUGGGGCCGUGGGCGCCAGUGCCGGAGGAGCCCCGGGAGCAGCUGGUCCCGGGCCAAAUCAAAUGCAGGGCGGGCCGAUGAACGUGAACGCCAUGCAACAGAUGCCGCCCAUGCAGCAGAUUCAGCAGAACCAAAUGGGGAUGGGCAUGAAUCCGAUGAUGCGAAUGGGUCAGGGCAACGGCAUGGGCGGUCCCCAGGGAAUGCCCGGCCAGGGCAUGCAGGGAAUGCCGCAGGGUCCGCACAAUGUGGUCGGCGGACCGGCGGGUCAGCAGCAAGUGGGCGGAGCCGGCCUUCCGCCGAAUGCAGUGCAGCAGGGCGGCAUGAAUCCGAUGGGCGGAAUGGGCGUAAACAUGCCACCGAAUCUGCAGCAGAAGCCCAACAUGCCGAUGGGCCAGGCGGGUCAGAUGUUCCCCGGCAAUCGAGGCGGGGUGGGAGUGGGAGUGGGCGGCCAGCAGCCGGGACAACCCUUCAUGCGAUCCAGUCCCUCGCCAGCGGAUGCCCAGCAGCUGCAGCAGCAGGCGCAGCUCCAGCAGAUGCAGCAGCAGCAGCAACAACAGCUGGUGGUGGGCAAUCAAACGCCCACGCAGCAACCGCCUACGCCGCAAAUGCCCACGCCCAAUAUGAUUCCCAGUCCGGCACUGGUGCCCCAGUCCAGUCCGCAGAUGAUGCAGAUGCAGAAUCCGCAGCGCAACAUCCGCCAGCAGUCGCCGAGUGCCUCGAUCAACACGCCCGGUCAGGUGACCGGCAACAGUCCGUUCAACCCGCAGGAGGAGGCACUGUACCGCGAAAAGUACAAGCAGCUGACCAAGUACAUUGAGCCACUGAAGCGGAUGCUGGCCAAGAUCAGCAACGAUGGGACAAAUGUGGAGAAGAUGACCAAGAUGAGUAAGUUGCUAGAGAUCCUAUGCAAUCCCACUCAGCGUGUGCCGCUUGAAACUCUUUUAAAGUGUGAAAAAGCUCUUGAGAAGAUGGAUCUGAUCUCCUAUUCCGGCCAGCAGUUUGGGAAAUCCUCGAAUCCCCUGCUGGAGGUUAUAAACACCACGCUGCAGAGUCCUGUAGCCAAUCACACAUUGCAUCGCACCUUCCGACCCACACUAGAACUGCUUUUUGGCACGGAUAUAACAGCUCCAGUGCCCACGAAGCGACCUCGAGUGGAGGAAAAGUCGUCGACCUUCGAGCAGGAUGUACCGCAUGUGUUGCAAGGUGAAAUCGCCCGGUUGGAUUCCAAGUUCAAGGUGAAACUGGACACUACGUCGCAGAUAAACAACAAGGCCAUACGCCUGAUUUGCUGUCUGGACGACAAGCGAUUGCCCAGUGUUCCGCCAGUCAGUGUCAGUGUGCCAGAGGAGUAUCCUUGGCAGGCGCCGGACUGCUCCUUGGCGGAACAGGAGUACUCGGCCACCCCGUUCCUGCAGACGGUGCAACAGGCCCUCAUCGCUCGCAUGUCCAAGCUGCCCAAAAACUACUCGCUCUCGCAUCUCUUGGACACCUGGGAAAUGGCAGUGCGGCAGGCGUGCUCUCCGCAAUCGAAACCCCAAGCAGUCUGCGAGUUUUCCACUUUGUUGGGAGUUUAGACUGCUAUUUAGCAUAAGCUAAUAUAAUGGGAAAUUAAGUAGUUUCCCCGCAUUUCCCCCAUUGAAAUUAUGGUUUGAGGAUCGAAAUACAUUUAAGAAAAAUAGAAAUAAAUAAUUUUAAUCCAAGCAAA